CCAACAGCACAGCAGUUGCUAUUUUUCCUCUGUUUGCAAUUAUUUUGUCUCUUUAUCAUUGUUUUGUGUAUCUUAAACCCUUUUGGUAAUCCACCCAUGACACUGACACUAGCUUGCAUGAGGUUUUCACUUUGUUAAUAACUUAAAAUCGAGCCAGCUUGAUCAAACACAAUGUUAGAACAGGUAUGCCCCAGAUAAAGCACUGAAGAUCUGAAAAUUAGAUUGUAACACGUUUUGCACAGGAGGUCCUUGUCUGUGGCUUGCAGCUAGGUGGCGCUGGGCUAAAAGCUUCAUUCUGACCUAGAGACGUGAUUAAUUGACUCUGUCCAUCCCAGAGGAGGGAAACUAUCCUUCUGCGUGUCCCAGCACCGAGCAGCUCCGCGUCAGUAGCAGCGAGUCCGUGUGGAGGAAACAGCUAUGACAGAGAAGCUAGCAUGCACCGACAAUUAACGUGAAUGGCGCCUGUCAGAAGGAGAUUUUAUCAGCGUCUGCUGUUCUUUGUGGCUUUUCUCCCAGUCUCAGGUGUUUUAUGUUUCAGUGAGUUAUUUUUCAUCAAGGAGCCCCAUGAUGUCACUGUCAUGCGUAAAGAAGCCGUUAUUUUGGACUGUCAAGCACAUGGAGAAGCACCGAUCGACGUCAGGUGGCUCAAGAAUGGAGCGACAGUGGUGGAGAAUGAACGGGUGUACCUGCUCUCCAAUGGCUCCCUAUAUAUUUCAGAGGUGGAGAGCAGAAGAGGAGACAAAUCAGAUGAAGGGUUCUAUCAGUGCCUUGCUCAGAACAAAUAUGGAGCGAUCCUGAGCCAGAAAGCCCGUCUUACAAUCGCAAGUAUCUCGUCUUUUGCAAUCCAGCCGACAUCCAUAGUGGUGACUGAAGGCUCAGUCGCCAGGUUUUCCUGUAAAAUCAGUGCCCACCCUCCUCCCAUCAUCACUUGGGAGUUCAAUCGGGUCACAUUACCCCUCAUCACUGAAAGAAGCACCGUGCUGCCUAGUGGUGUUCUUCAGAUCUACGGGGUGCAGCGGUCAGAUGCUGGAAAUUACCGCUGCAUCGCCACUAACAUUGCCAGCCGCCGCCGUAGCACAGAGGCCACCCUCACUGUCACCCCGGCUCCAAGCCCCCAGCUUCCUGAGAGGCCGCGUAUCAUCGUCGGGCCACAAAACAUUUCAGUGUCGCCGCACCAGAGUGCCAUCCUGGAGUGCAUGGCCACAGGCAAUCCCCGACCCAUCAUCUCCUGGAGCCGAGCGGACAGCAAGUCUAUUGAUGUUUACAACACCAAGGUGCUGGGAAAUGGAAACCUCAUUAUCACAGACAUUAAGCCCAAGCAUGGAGGAGUCUAUAUGUGCAGAGCCACCACUCCUGGAACGCGAAACUAUACUGUCGCCUCAGCCAAUGUCACUGUGUUGGCACCACCCUCAUUCGUGGAGUGGCCAGAGAGCCUGACUCGCCCACGAGCCGGCACCGCCCGCUUUGUGUGUCAGGCUGACGGAGUUCCAGCACCUCGAAUCACCUGGCUCAAGAAUGGAGAGAAAGUGCACUCCAAUGGUCGAAUCAAGAUGUACAACAGCAAACUGGUGAUCAACCAGAUCAUCCCUGAGGAUGAUGCCAUCUAUCAGUGCCAGGCCGAGAACGAACAAGGAUCGGUCCUCUCCAUGGCGAGGCUCAUUGUGGUGAUGUCAGAGGACCGGCCGAGUGUUCCCAGGAAUAUUCGGGCUGAUACGGUGUCGAGCUCUGCCAUCCUUCUGGCCUGGGAGAAGCCUCUGUAUAACUCAGAUAAAGUUAUUGCUUACUCGGUGCACUACAUGAAGGCUGAAGGACUGAAUAAUGAGGAAUAUCAAAUUGUCAUUGGAAACGAUACGACUCGCUACAUUAUUGAUGACCUGGAGCCCGCUUGCAACUACACCUUCUACGUUGUGGCCUACAUGCCCAUGGGAGCCAGUCGCAUGUCAGACCACGUGUUCCAGAGUACACUUGAGGAUGUUCCCCUCCGCGCCCCCGAGCUCAGCCUCACCCCCCAGCCCCAGGUGUCUGGCCAGCCGCUCCCAGACAAGCUGAGUCGCGGCCGUGUCUCAGCCUACCGUUUGUCCUAUCGCACCGGUGAUGAGAAUACAGUCUCACAGAUAGAGCUACCUGGAGAGAAGACUCGGCAUUUACUGGAAAACUUGCAGCCUGACACCAUCUACCUUCUGCGUAUUGUUGCUGCCACCAGCGUAGGGUGGGGUGAGCAGUCUGCCUGGACAUCCCAUCGCACUCCGAAGGCAUCCAGUGCUCAAGUUCCUCUGGCUCCUGAGCUGCAUUUGGAGCCUUUAAACUGCACCACUAUUUUGGUGCGCUGGCAGCUGGCAUCCAGAAACUCAGCCGGCGUGCAGGGCUACAGACUCUUCUACCAUGAGGAGAGCCAGUCUGAGAGCGCCCCAGUUCAUCUGCGCUCCUCGUAUAACACGCACACCAUCGGAGGCCUCGACCCAAGGAAGAAGUACCACGUUAAACUUCUGGCCUAUAAUUUUGUUGGAGAUGGCUACCAGGCAGACCAGACUAUCAGCACCCCUGGAUGUGUCUCUGUUCGAGAUCGCCUGGUACCCCCUCCACCUCCUCCACACAAUGUAUAUGCCAAGACCAACAGUUCGACUGCUGUGUUUCUGCACUGGGGCCGACCGAUCUUCACCUCCAGCCAUGCAGUCAACUACACCAUCCGCUGCAACCCCAUAGGCCUGCAGAACGCCUCCCUGGUCCUGUACCUGCAAACAAGUGAGCAGCGCCUCCUGGUGCAAGAUCUGCAGCCCAAUACCAAGUAUGAAUUUGCUGUUCGCCUUCACAUUGACCAGCUGUCCAGCCCAUGGAGCCCUGUGGUCUAUCAGAGCACUUUCCCUCAAGCUCCCACACUGCCGCCUUCCAACGUGAAAGUGACUCUGAUUGAGGACGACACAGCGCUGGUUUCAUGGAAGCCCCCAGAUGAACCCAAUGUAGCUGUGACACAUUACACGAUCCUGUAUGCCUCCAGAAAGGCCUGGAUUGCUGGGAAAUGGCAAGAACUGCUAAGAGAAGGGAGCAUCACCAUGGCGCUGCUGGAGAACCUGAAGCCUGGGGAGGUUUACUUGGUGAAAAUUUCUGCAUCCAACGAAAUGGGUGACGGGCCGUUCUCUCACACGGUGGAGUUGACGGUACGAGCAGACCUUUCUUCUGGUCACGAUCCACGGCUCUCCCAUGGCUCCGCACACACCACAACCUUUUCUGAUGGUUUCUACCACCUCGACCAGAAGUCAAUGACCGGGAUCGCUGUGGGAGUCUGCAUCGCUCUGAUCUGCAUCAUCAUCUGCGCUUUCAUCCUUGUCUGCAGAGGCAAAAACAGGAAAUUUUCAUCAGUUAAAACGUACGGAGAAAGAGUGAGCACAUCUGGCUCGGCCGUAGGACGUCUGGGCUCUGAGCGACAAGCUGAGAAUGCUGAUGUGACCGUGCAAAUGAGUCAAAAUCAUUUCAUUGAUGCCAAGAACCUCGUUAUCAGUUCUCUUGGUCCUGUUCAGCCCAUUACUGAGAAGAAAAAGAAAUGGCUUUCCUUCAGCAAUAAUGUAAAGGGCAGUAAAGCAGCACAGAAUGUGAGCCAGGCCACUGCCUCCUACCAGCCAGGCACCAACGUGCUGACCUAUGAAGAGUUGGCCAUUUCUCCAGAGCAGCCCACCACCCUGCAGGCCGUGCUCAGGUGCGACACAGAGAGGUCUUCUAACAGCGAGGGCAGUCACACAACCAGCGACUCGGGUCGCUACUCUCACGACGAGAUGGAGAUGACCAACGUGUCCUCUGGUUCCUGCGGCUGCCCACCGUCUCAAACAGCGGCCAUGCUGAAGAGCUGAGCGAGCUGUUUGGGGAGUCAGGCUGGUCUGAGGUUAAUGGAGUCUUUUGAGAACAGCUGCUGUCAUCAUGAAGCCAAGAACAGCUCUCAGUCUGAGCCUUCUCUCUAAGUGUGUGGGCAUGUCCGUGAGUAUAUGUGCGUGAGUUUGUAUGUGUGCGCGUGUGUUUGUGAAUGCAACGUACUUGCAAAACAAAAGUUGCAGCUUCCAUUUUUAUUUAUUUACACUCCCAUCAGCAAAGGCACAGGAAACAGUUGGACCUUUAGGGAUGAACAUUUAUUCACGUUCUCACAGUGUAUUAGAUAAGAGGAUUAACACUACUCUACAAAUCAGUUAAAUAUGCGGCCGGUUAGCUUAGCUCAGCUAGUUUAGGACAGAUUGGGAGCAGAUGGAAACAGCUGGCCUGGCUCUGCCCCAAGGGAACAAAGUCUGCCUACCAGCAUCUCUAAAGUUUACUGUUAAAAUGUUGUAUUUCGUUGGUUUGAUUUGUGCAAAACCAGUGUGUAUUUUGUGGUUUUACAAGUGUUUCUUGGUUAUUUCCAGUCAUUGUGCUAAGCUAAGCUAAUGGGCUGUAGCUUCGUAUUAAACCAACAAAAAUGAGAAUGGUGGCAGUGUUUUUAUAACUCCUGCCAAGAAAGCGAAUUAGUGUAUUUGCCAUAAUGGUGAACAGUUCCCUUACAUGUGUAGCUCCAUGGAAAAUAAAAUGAGAAAUGACAAAAAAGGAGAGUUUAUGAGAACCAGUAACCUGGUUUAAAAAAAAAAAUGCUGCACAUUUCCUGUAACCUCGGCAGUGAAGAUAGGAUGGAUUGGACUAAAAUGCAUUGACAUAAACCUGCUGCAGUUGUUUGGUUGCAAGUAUGAAUGUCUGUGAGAGAGAGAGAGAGGUGUAAAGAAACAAAGAGAGAGACCUUUUCUUUUACUUUUAUCCUACUUUUU